AUGAUUUGGUACCUCCUCUAUCCAUUCAGAGGAACCACGGCACCUCCCGACCUCGACACCAAACAUCCCAUUCGAGAUCACUUCACUAAAUUCGGAUACAACGUCGCAAAGCACUCAGUCGCUGCCAUAACUAUCUCUGCUAUAAUCGCAACCCUACUUAUAUAUCCCUUCCCAUUUCUCUUCACAAAUGGCUUCACCAAUGGCGCGUCAAAUCUACCACAUCAUGUAUGGUCUUCCGCGCAACCUUUGAAAGCAUUAGAUGAUUCGAGGAGACCGGAUGUGGUCAUGCGAUCGAUAUGGGUACAUGGAAGCUAUAUGAAAGCUUUACAAUCCGAUGUUCUCCAAGCAGCAUUAGAGAUACAGGAUCAUAUCUUAGGCCCCACUAUCAACUUUGACCCUCGCAAAGAGGCUAAGCAUGCCCAGAUUGACUACACACAAAAUGAAUUAUCAGUGGAUGUACGGGAUACUUUUCAUGCAGUAAACGGUCUAACAAACUCUUCUUGGUUCUUUCAUUCUCCAUUACAAUACUGGUCAUGCUCGAAGGAAGCGAUUUCGGCCGAUGACGACAUCGUCAUGACAGUCAACAAGAACUUACACCAGUCAACCUCUGUCAAUGUUACCUUGAGGCACUCUAUUGUCUUCAGUGGGAAGCGUUUUGAGGACCACCAUCUUGUGGCUGCAGAUGCCUUGGUCAUAACCUUAGUUCACAUGCUUGACUCGCCUGUCGGGAGAUAUUGGGAGAGAAGGGCAGCUCAACUUGCAGCCAAAGGAUCUGAUGACUGGCGCAUGAUUCCUUCCGAUGUCCAUUCGCUAAGAAGCACUCCCUACGAAUUUUUAUUUCAACCUACUGCUACUUGGGAAUCAAUUGCAUUGGCCGCUGCAUACACUUUUGGCGCAUGGUGGUUCGUCGCAACUUUGUGGGGCCUACGGGCUCUCAAGUCAAGGCUUGGUCUUCUCAUUGCAGCGACUACUCAGUUGGCCUUUACGUUUACUUCGACGUUCACCAUCUGCGCUAUUAUCAAAACAGAUUUGUCUAUGAUACCAAGAGAGUACUAUCCUUUGAUUGUUGUCUUUUGCGGAACGGAAAACAUGCUUCAACUUGUGAGAGCUUUUAUUGUCACGCCCUCAUCACAUCAUCCGACUCUUAGAUCCGCAGAAGCCUUUGGAAAGAAUGGACAUGUAUUCCUUACAAACACUAGCCAGAGGCUUCUCUUUUUGUGGGUUGUAUCCAAGUUUGGAGGCGAAGGGCAAGCUACUUUUUGUCGCUUCGCUACAUUUGCACUAAUCUUUGAUCUCUUCUACCUACUAAUGUUCUUCGCUCCCGUUCUAAGCAUCGAUGUACGAAGACCUCAAUUAAACGAUACACUCUCGGCUUCUUCCCGGGAACGAAGCUAUCCGUCACCAGAAAGAUCAUCUUCUAAACCGUGGGCUGAUUUCAUUUUUCGAGGAGGAAACAUGCCUUCGACUCGUAUUGUCGGUACCUUGGUGAUUAUUAUCGCAGUACUAAUUUGUCAGUGGCACUUCGAUCAAGGUAUUUUGCAAAGCAAUCAACAUGUGUUAAAAACAACUGCGCCGGCUUCUUCAAUACUAGAGGUUGAUGUUCAUCAAGCUAGAACUCCAACUGCCUGGCUUCGAUUGCAAGACCACGAGACUGUUCAUGAGCUUAUAAGCAUCGUCAAACCACAUGCUCACAGUUUCGUUGCUCAAGUUUAUGAUCCUUUAGUUUUUGUUUUGAACGGUUCAGAUCGGACACCAAACAGACUUGGUGUGAGAUCGUUUCUCCCUGCUUUUUAUGACUUUAUCGAGAACCAGUCCCUGCCGUUUCUUUUGUUUGUUAUCAUCACUGGUGUGAUUGUCAAUCAAUUUAUCAAAUAUCUCUUGUCUGAUGAGCCUUCUGACGAUGACGACCAUGAGGGUCAUGGCGACGAACCCCUGUUAUCGGUUAAAACAUUCGGCUCUGGACAUGCUCUGGAUGUUGUCCUAAUGACAGCUUCUCGUGAUGGAAUUAUCGUUUCAGUCGGUUUGGAUAGAUGGAUCCGUGUUUGGAAUGCACAGCAUAAUGGCCGAAGCUAUGUAGUCGAAGACCCUGGAUCCGAUAUCGAUCCUUUUCCUGUUUUAGCUAUGGCGAUCGAUAACGACUCGAAUUGGCUCGCAAUACUGUCGAAGAAAAUGGUCACCUUGUGGAAUAUUCCUGAACGACGAUGGGGUCCGACAAUGCCCGUGGACGUUAAAGGGCGAACACCAGAAGCAUUUUUCUUUAGCCGCAAUGAAGUUGAGCUGAUUGAUCCGGUGAUUAUCGUGCGCCAUAAUGGCCUCAUGUCAGAACUUCAUAUGGAAGAUCAUGUUUCAAAGGAAUUACAAAUAUGCCGCACGCCAUUGGUUUGUGUUGAGCCACAUUUGGAGAAAGUUGUUAUGAAUGGCUCCCUCCCACCUCCAAAGAUCAUAACCGCCUCAAAACGUGGCUGUGUACAUGUUGCAGUUGAAGAGAAAUCUGGUUGGGUUUCAUAUGAUCUUAGACUCCCUUGGGUAUCCGAUGACAAAGAUGUCAACUCAAUUCUUCCAUUGCCGGCAUUAUCUUCCUUCCUCGCUAUACGCGACCACAGCGUUGAUCUUGUUGAUAUACACACUCAUAAUGUCACCCAUUCAUUUGUUACAGAGAACAUUAAACCAGGAACACUGCAAUGCGUUCAUUCGACAAGACGAAGGCCACAGUGUGGAUCUGUUGGUUUGGGAUCAUUUGCAUUCAUGUAUACUUGCAUUGAGACCGGUAACAUGAUGAUGCAAUCAUAUUUGCCCAGCAGAGAGGGCGAUACUAUAUGUUUCCGUGAUCCUGAUAAACCAGGCUCUAAAACAUGUUGUUUAUGGCGGGAAACUGUAGAGCGGAGAUUUAGUAUAGAAAAUCCUGGUGAUUGGCAAGCACUCCAAUCGGGGUAUGUGGUAGGUGUACGGAAGGCACAAGAUCAACAUAAACAAGGAGUAGGAAAUCAACUUUUGGGGCCGAUUGGAAGCGGCGGACUCCGACGACGUGGUGUUUCGGGUAGGAGGUCUAAUCUAGAUCACCCAGGAGGCAAAAAUGACGGCUGGGAGGUUUGGAGCUUAGGAUCGAGAGGAGAUGAAACCUCUGUACCCUUAAAUUCGGUUUACGAUCAGGUAUUACUUGUUGGUAAACUUGGCCCAGUCACGAAAGUGGGUACGAACAGUAUCGUAGUUGCAUUGGGAAAUAUGGUCAAACUUGUUACUGUCGGUCAUGAACGUUAUGAUCGCCUUGGCAAUGAUUCUGAUGAAACAUUCGUUGGCAUGGCACCUGUUGCGAGUAGGAGGAAAAGACCUGUUCUUACACGAAAAAGAACAGAUUGA